AUGUCUGUUGAAGAAAUCAAAGUAGAAGGAAUGAAUACACUUACAAUGUUAUAUCAUUAUAAGCAAGUUGCGACCGUGCAAGAGAAGAUAGAGAGGGUGGAGGAGAACAGAAGUUUGGAGAAAAGAAAGAAGAAAGUGGAGGAUGUUGAUAUUAAGAAAUAA